UCCCAUCGCAACAGAGCGAGGACAGCAAAUCUCUGCUGCUCCCGAGUUCUUCUAUUCUGCUGUGGCACAGGUACCCAGCACGAGCAGCAACCUUCUUAAUCAGUGUGGAUGUUACCAGGCAUUUCCAGAGUCUCUGCAUGACUGAACAGAAGAACUUAGGGUAGGGCCCUGAAGACCCAGAUCCUACUCAUUUCCCUGCAUAUUUCUGGGCUCUCUUUCUGAUUCCAGCAUGAGCAAGACUGAAGAUCUUAACAUGGUCCUUCCCUUUCCAUUCAAUAAAAAUUGGACUUUAGAGCGAGGCGUCCUCACACAUAUCCCAGGUAAUUGCAGAAACACAACUGACCUUACUGUCUUUCUAGUCACCUCAUACAGCUUAGAAACCAUCCUAGGCAUCCUGGGAAAUGUUUGCCUGAUUAGUGUCAUAAUCAGGCAGAAGGAGAAGACCAAUGUCACCAGCAUACUCAUUACCAACUUGAUAGUCUCUGACUUGUUCAUGAGCAUCGUCUGCCUGCCUUUCACCAUCAUCUACACCCUGAUGGACUACUGGAUAUUUGGUGAGGUCAUGUGCAAAAUGACUUCCUUCAUCCAGUGUACUUCUGUGAGUGUGUCAAUUCUCUCCCUUGUCCUCAUUGGUCUGGAAAGACACCAGCUCAUCAUAAACCCAACUGGUUGGAGGCCAAGCAUCCCCCAAGCCUAUCUAGGGAUUGUAGUCAUUUGGACAUUAGCUUGCCUCAUGUCUCUGCCCUUUCUGACGACCUCCGUCUUGACAUAUGACUUGUACAAGCAGUUCUCCUAUAUUACGGAUUCUUCUGCCGACAAGGCCAUAUGCAUGGACUCAUGGCCAUCUGACCAGCACCGACUCAUCUACACCACCGCCUUGCUGCUGUUCCAGUACUGCAUCCCUCUCUUCUUUAUCCUGGUUUGCUACCUGCGUAUCUAUUUACGCCUGCAGAAGAGAAAGGACAUGUUUGAGAAGAGUGCAUACAAUGGCCGGGUGGUUCAGCUGAGGAGGAUAAACAUUUUAUUAGUAUCCAUGGUGAUCGCCUUUGCUGUUUGCUGGUUACCAUUGCACGUUUUCAAUAGCAUUGAGGACUGGGAUUACAAAGCCAUUUCCCCUUGCCACCACAACCUGAUCUUUUCAUUGUGCCAUCUAGUAGCCAUGGCUUCCACCUGUGUCAACCCUGUUAUCUAUGGGUUCCUAAACAAUAACUUCAAAAAUGAAGUGAAGUCACUGAUACUGAGCUGCCAGCAUAAUUCAUCUAGCCACCAGGGAACAGCUUCUGAAGUCUCCACUGAAGAGACUUCAGGAAGGUUAUUACACAUGGAUGCUAAAGCAACAGAUGGCUCCAUAGUCUGACUCCAACAUAUACACCAUAGCCAGCUGCUGUCCAAUUUUUGGAAGAACAGUCAUUGAUUGCAAGGAAAGAUAAUCAGUAUAGAUAAGUAAGGAAGAUCAAAGGAGAUACCAAGUUGUAUGUAUCGGUGAAGUGGCACAGCUCUGAAAACAGACUUCACACAAACAGGACAUGGGCACAAGAAGUUGCUUUGUUUCUAACUACUUAAUAGAUAUCUAUGGUUGCACACACACAGCAGAGUCAUCAAUUAAGCUGCACACCCUUAUCGCUGAGGGUAGAACCCAGGAAUUCCAACUCAAACACUUGAGUUAAUGGAAAUUCUCCUCUGUCAGUAUUAGUAGGACACUUACAUGCUAUAGGCUGACCACUAAGUUUAUGAACAGAAUUAUAAGACGGUUGCCUGCAAUAGCAGGGGACUGGACUCAGUGACGAGGAGGUUCCUUCCAGCCCUAGGUCCUCUCUCCCUACAUUCCUCUAGGAAUGUGGGUAUAUAUAAUGUGUACAUUACUGACCCCGUCUCACCCACUAUUAGGUAACACUCAUCUUCUCAGCUGAUGAGAUUCACAGUAGUUCACAUCCAGCAGAUCUGUAACACGUCUGUAACUACUCACAUACAGAUAUUGGGGGGUGGCAGUUAAACCUGCCCAUGCAGCAUGGGGAUACAACCAUGAACCUGCCACUUCAAAACCCCCACAGGCUUCUACCACUUGGGCUUCAAGGAAAUCUCUGUUCAUGCCAGGGCUUCUCGUGUACCCUCUCUUGACCAGCUUCUUGACGGCAGUAUUCCAGAAAACUACAGCACACGGCACACUAAACGAGCACAAACCAGAACCAUUGCUCACUAACAAGGUGCAUCAAGACCUUGCACCAUCUAUGGAUGACAGACAGCAGUUGGAGGUGUUACUCUAUUCGUUGCCUCUGUUACCCCUCUCAGGUACUAUGCAGAUCACUUCCCUUUUCAGAUGAUGCAAAACCAACAAUCCCAGAUUUACAUGGGAACUUGGUCAGAUUGACUUGACUGUCCUUCUCCUGGCUGUAGAUCCUACGCCUCCAUGCUACUAAAGGUACAGUCACAAAUGCUGAUACUUUAAGAUGUUUGCAUCAUUGGAGUCUUUGACAGAUCUCAGAUGGGGGACUGAGAUGACACUUAGCCAGCGUCACACCCGUUCUUUGCUUAGCAUCUCACUCUGCUCACAGGAUCUCUCAUGUGGAAGGACCAAAUGGCUGGGGAGAAAGGCUUCUGAUAUAGAAAUGCCAGCUGUAAUGAGCCGUGACACUUCCAGAGGAGUGAAGCACAUUUUGAAAAUAGGCACCAAGGCUUCGGUUUUCCUCAAGAAGAGAAAGGACCUUGAUGGAAGGAGUGAUGCCAAAACUGUGAAAAGUUUAUGGAAGAGCAAUGAAAUAGGAUUGAGUCACACACAUUAAAUCCAAGCCACAUGUAAAUCAAGUGUGUUGUCAAUUGUGUCAUGGAAGUGAGCUUUGUGCUUUCUCACGUCAGUGAUAUUUUUUACCCUUUGUCUGGGCAACUUACCUGCAAGCCAUAAGAAACAUAAUACUCAUUCUUCUUUAGAAAAGAAUAGUACAUCAUGCUUCUGGAGUCUGAGUUCCUCUCUUUAUCAAAAAAGAACAGGA